CUGGACUUAUCAUUAGUUUGGUUGUUAAUAGCAUUAGCAACUUUUUGAUAGAGCUGUAUAUGUGACAUUGAACUAGCGCAUUAGUUUGUUCUUUUAUUGCUUGAUUUGCGGAUCUGAGAUGUAAAAUGCGCAGAAUUCAUUAACUUCUCAGUCUGGAAAGAGAUGAAGACUAUGAGGAAACAGAUGAUAAGAUGCCGCAAAGAACUUAAAGAUGGAGAAACAUCGACUGAAGCUCAAGACGAGGAAGCGGGGGGCAGUGCUGAGCUGCAGGAAGCUCCCAACAAAUUAGUCGAUGUUUUUGAGACCUUGUUAUCGACUGAUGUUGUGAUGGGGGAUAUUGGUGUUAAGAGACUCGGGCAGCUCAACUUUACGCCGUUCCACAAAGAAAUGGAGAGAGUCGGAAGGAGAGGUGCUGAUGCGCUUUUUAGGGCCUCAAGAUUGUGCACAUUAUGGGAGAAUUAUAUUAUGAAUACAUCCUGGCAUCCCUUCAAAGUCGUCAAGGCUGACGAGAAACUCACGGAAGUCAUUGACAACGAUGAUGAGAACUUGAAAGUAUUAUUACACGAUAUGGGUGAAGAAGUAUACCAUGCGGUUACAAUGGCCUUAAUGGAGGCAAACGAAUAUAAUCCAAAGGGUCGUCGGAAUGUAGUACUGGAACUUUGGAAUUUUAAAGAAGACAGGAAAGCGAGUUUGAAAGAGGGCAUCACAUUUGUUGCGGAGCACUACUUGGAACCCUAUAUUAUUAGGGAGCAAAACUAACAAAAAAGGUCAAAUAGUCCAGGAAGGAGAAGAGGCUUUUCUUGGCUUAAAAUGGUUAAUUAUUUUAUUUUGAUUGGACUAUAUGCAAAUAUGGAAGUACUCACAAAGUGCUCAAAUGGGUGUAUUUUGUAGGGAAAUAGUAGGAAAUAGACUAAUAUGAAAAACUUAAGAAAGUAUAUAGGCCAA